UGGCAACACUAGGCUUUCUGGCAGGCCCGCCAUUACGAUGGCGAAUUUGGGUGAUUUGUUUGGAUAGUCGAAUAACACACUCUAGCUAAUAACGUCGAUAGUCUUUUCUGCGUCUACUGCUUCUUUAAAGCGGACAUUACCAGCCUGAAGCGAAGUAAAACAUAUAAAUAAAUAUAAAUAUAAAUAAAUACGACAUGACAGACUCAGCAUUAGCAUGGAAAGAGUUAGAAAAGGACUUGUUGCAACGGACGGAUAAUCUGUAUAACAAAGCAAUUGAACUCAACUUGAGGAAAGAGGUAAUGAUGGAUUUUGUGUACAAAUAAUCUCAAGUUUUGGACUGGGGUAAAUCUUAAAGUUGGACUAACAGUGUGUGACCCCAGUGGAUGGCAAGUCAGGUCUCCUUACUGUCAGCAAAUACUGCAGGAAUCUUUUGCUGAAACCCCCUUAACACCGUCUGAAAAUGACGGAAUAUGUGGAGUAUGAGGAAUAUGUGGAGUAUGAGGAAGAGGAAGAAGAGGGAGAGGAAGUGGAGUAUAUUGAGGAGAUAACAACCACGGGGACUGUCACUACUGAGCAAUCCACUCAGUUCCACCAGUCUGGCGUCCCUAUCAGGAAGGUCAGAAAGAGGGGCAAAGUGGACACUUCCAAGUUCAUGACCCCUUACCUGGCCCACAGCCAGAAGAUGCUGGAGCAGUUCAGCCACAACAAGUACCGUCAGGCCUACGACUUGUCCAGAGGAACUCCUCCCUGUGUGGAGACUGAAACUCCUGAAAUGAUUCGUAUCAGGAAGGCCCAGGAGCAGCUGAGUGAGGUUAAAUAUCGUAUGGAGGGAAACAGGGCUCGGACCACUAGUAUGUACGAUGGCGAGGCCAAGGAGAUCGCUCAUGUCAAGCGUGUUUCUGAACUGAUCAGCAAGGUUCUGUACAGACAGAAGUGGGAUGAGACUAAGGACCGGUACCUGCUGCCCCCUGAUGCUCCUGAGCUGGUUCUGGCUGUGAAAAACGCUGCCAACUACAGCAACAAACUGUACAAGGAGGCCUGGGAGGAAGAGAAGACCAUGUUCUGCCCAUACAGCGACAGUCCAGAGCUGCGCAGAGUGGCCAAGGCUCAGGAAGUCCUCAGUGAUAUUCAGUACAAGAAGGGUCACCACGAGCGCAAGGCCAAGUACACCUCUCUGGCUGAUCCUCCUGAAAUGGUGAUAGCCAAGAUAGCGGACCAGCAGCGCAGUGAUCUGAAAUACAAAGAGGAUUACAAUAAAAAUGUGAAGGGUCAGUGGUGCGAGACUCCCUACUUUGAUGUGGCCACUGCCAGGGUGGCGAUGGAAAACCUCAGCCACAGAAAGUACACGCAGGACUUUGAGGACACAAAAGACCAAAUUUAUUUCAUGCAGACCGAGACUCCUGUUUACGACACAAACAAGAAGGCUCGUAUAGCUGCCAGUGAGGUCCAAUAUAAGAAGGAUUAUGAGAAAACAAAAGCGAAGUCUGACUAUAACACGCUCCCAGCCACUGAGAAUCCUCUUCUCAGGCAGCUUCGAUAUGCUGGCACCAUUCUCAGUGAUAAAGUAUACAAGGACAACUACGAGAAAUCCAGAGGUUUUAGUAUCAACUAUUGCGACACGCCCAAGUUCCAGAUGGACUCCGUACUGAAACGGUUCUCCGAUACACAUUACAAGGAUAAGUAUGAAAACGAGGUGAAGGGUCACUACAUUGGCAGCUAUGAAGAUCUUUAUAUGCUUCACUGUCAGAAGGUUGAGGAAAUGAAGAAGGAUCAAUUGUACAAAGCAGACUAUGAAGAUAUGAAAACCAGAUGCUUCUUCCCUCAAACUGUUACGCCCGAAUAUGAAGCUUCAAAGAAGCUUGACGACUGUAAAGAUAAAGUAUACCGGAAACAUCCAGACAAAGUGAAAUUUACGCAAGUGACAGACUCACCGGUUAUGGUUCAAGCUGCCAUCAACGCCCAGCAGCUGAGUGACUUAAAUUACAAAGCACACUACGAGGAGAUGAAGGUCAAGUACAGUUUGCCUCCAGACUUCCCCUUCUUCGUUCAAUCCAGAGCAAACGCUUUCAACCUCAGUGACAACUGUUACAAGUACGACUGGGAGAAAAACAAGGCCAAAAAGUUCGAGGUGAAGGGCGACGCCAUCUCGAUCCUCGCCGCUCGCGCUCACACCAACAUCGCCAGUGACGUUAAGUAUAAGAAGGAGUUUGAAAAGAACAAGGGCAAGAUGGUGGGAGCCCUCAGUAUCAACGACGACCCCAAGAUCCUGCACUCUGUUCACGUGGCCAAAAUCCAGAGUGAUCGUGAAUAUAAAAAGCACUACGAGAAGCAGAAGACCAAGUACCACACACCACUGGACAUGAUGUCGGUCACCUUGGCUAAGAAGUCCCAGGGAAUUGCCAGCAUGACUGGAUACAGGAAGAUCAGUCCCAACUACUUCCUGCCCUACGACAGCGUCCUAUUGGACCUGGCCAAAAAAGCCAACGUCAUCCAGAGCAACAAUGAGUACAAGGCCGACUACAACGCCUACACCAAAGGAACUCCUUGGAUCCCCUAUGGCUCCAUGGAUGUGGAGAAGGCCAAGAAGGCAGGCGAGAUCCUCAGUGAGAGAAAAUACAGACAGCACCCAGACACCGUCCCCUUCACAGCGAUUUAUGACCAUCCCGUCAUGAUGCAGGCUAAAGUCAACCAGCUUCAGAGAAGCGAUCGCUUCUACAAGAGUGGUCUUGAGGAGAUUCAUCAGAAGUACUCUUUGCCUCCUGACAUCCCAGAGUUACAGCAGGCCAAGUGCAACGCCUACAACAUCAGCAAGAACUAUUACAAAAUGGCCUGGGAAGACCUUAUCGCUAAAGGUUAUGACCUGAAGCCCGAUGCUAUCUCUGUUAUCGCUGCUAAGGCUGCUAGACAUGCAGCCAGUGAUGUCCAGUACAAGAAAGCAUACAAUAAAGCCAGAGGUCACCACGUGGGCUUCCGUAGCCUCCAGGACGACCCUCUUCUGGUCCAUUACAUGCAAGUGGCCAAGAUGCAGAGUGAAAAGAACUACAAGAAGGACUACCACAAGGCCAAGCUGAAGUACCACUCACCUGUAGACAUGAUAAGUUUGGCUCAUGCCAAACAUGCCUCAAAGGUUCAGACCAAUGCUGGCUAUAAACAGCAUCACCAUAACUAUUGUCUUCUACCUGGUGCCAUGAACCUGGAGCUGGCUCGCAACAUGAACUUCAUCGCCAGCGAUGUGAACUACAAACAGGAAUACGAGUCCUACGUGAAGGGAGUCGGCUGGGUUCCCAUUGGUUCCCUGGACGUGGAAAAGGCCAAAGCAGCUUCCGCAGCUCUGGAUGAGAGGAAGUACCGUCAGCAUCCUGACACUCUCAAAUUCACCAGUCCUGUGGACUCCAUGAGCAUGGAGCUGGCCAAGACCAAUUCCAGAAAUCUGAAUAUGAAAGACUACAGGGCCAGUGGAGAGAAGUUCAUGCACACGUACCAUCUGCCCGCUGAUACACCUGAACUGCUGCAGGCCAGAUACAAUGCUUGCAACAUCAGCCAGAACUUCUACAAGUAUGAACACCGUCAAGAUCUGCUUAAAGGACAUCACGUGAAGGAAGAUGCUAUUUCUGUUGUCGCCGCUAGAAGCUCAAGAGACAUUGCCAGCAAUUACAAGUACAAACUGGCCUACGAAAAGGCCAGAGGUCACCACGUGGGCUUCCGUAGCCUCCAGGACGACCCUCUUCUGGUCCAUUACAUGCAAGUGGCCAAGAUGCAGAGUGAAAAGAACUACAAGAAGGACUACCACAAGUCCAAGCUGAAGUACCACACCCCAGUGGACAUGUUGAGUGUGGUCCAUGCCAAACAGGCCUCAAAGGUUCAAACCAUGACUGGAUACAAGCAGAUCCCUCACAGCUUCCUGCUGCUGCCUGACAACUUGCACCUGCAGAGGUGUCGCAACAUGAACCUGCAGAGCAGUGACUGGGAUUACAAGUCUGAGUACAACAACUACAUCAAAGGUAUUGGAUGGGUUCCCAUUGGCUCACUGGGAGUGGAGACAGCCAAAAUUGGAGGUCAGAUUCUGAGUGACCACAGGUACCGCACACAUCCAUCAAACCACAAGUUCAGCAAACUGAUGGACUCCAUGGACCUGACUCUGGCUAGUGCUAAUAACCAGAUCAUGAACAAGAAAGCCUACACUGCAGCUUGGGACACAGACAAAACCAAAGUCCACAUCAUGCCUGACUCUCCUGAGAUAGUUCUGGCCAAGGCCAACGCCCUCAAUAUGAGCAACAAACUGUACAAAGCUGGUGUGGUGCAGAUGGCUAAUAAAGGUCACCACCUGAAAGAAGAUGCCAUCCCCGUCUUAGCUGCCAGAUCUGCAACUAAUAUCGCCAGCAACUACAAGUACAAACUGGCCUUUGAAAAGGCCAGAGGUCACCACGUGGGCUUCCGUAGCCUCCAGGACGACCCUCUUCUGGUGCACUACAUGGAGGUGGCCAAGAUGCAGAGUGAAAAGAACUACAAGAAGGACUACCACAAGACCAAGCUGAAGUACCACACCCCAGUAGACAUGUUGAGUGUGGUCCACGCCAAACAGGCCUCAAAGGUUCAAACCAUGACUGGAUACAAGCAGAUCCCUCACAGCUUCCUGCUGCUGCCUGACAACUUGCACCUGCAGAGGUGUCGCAACAUGAACCUGCAGAGCAGUGACUGGGAUUACAAGUCUGAGUACAACAACUACAUCAAAGGUAUUGGAUGGGUUCCCAUUGGCUCACUGGGAGUGGAGACAGCCAAAAUUGGAGGUCAGAUUCUGAGUGACCACAGGUACCGCACACAUCCAUCAAACCACAAGUUCAGCAAACUGAUGGACUCCAUGGACCUGACUCUGGCUAGUGCUAAUAACCAGAUCAUGAACAAGAAAGCCUACACUGCAGCUUGGGACACAGACAAAACCAAAGUCCACAUCAUGCCUGACUCUCCUGAGAUAGUUCUGGCCAAGGCCAACGCCCUCAAUAUGAGCAACAAACUCUACAAAGCUGGUGUGGUUGCGAUGGCCAAUAAGGGCCACAACCUCAAAGCGGACGCUAUCUCAAUUCUUGCUGCCAAGACUGGAACAACCAUUGCCAGUAAUUAUAAGUACAAACUGGCCUACGAAAAGGCCAGAGGUCACCACGUGGGCUUCCGUAGCCUCCAGGACGACCCUCUUCUGGUGCACUACAUGGAGGUGGCCAAGAUGCAGAGUGAAAAGAACUACAAGAAGGACUACCACAAGUCCAAGCUGAAGUACCACACCCCUGUGGACAUGUGGAGUGUGGUCCACGCCAAAGAGUCCUCAAAGGUUCAGACCAUGACUGGAUACAAGCAGGUUAUAUCCCACUACACCGUGCUGCCUGAUGCCAUGAACUUUCAACUGGCUCGCAACAUGCAGUUCAUCGCCAGUGACAACAUGUACAAGAGUGAAUAUGAAAGCUACAUGAAAGGUAUUGGAUGGGUCCCCAUCGGGUCGCUGGACGUUGAGAAAGCAAAACUAGCCGACAGGAUCUUCAGUGAGAAACGCUACCGCCAACACCCGAGCAACCUCAAGUUCACCAAGGACAUGCAGUCUAUGGAUCUGACCCUGGCCACUGCAAACAACCAGAUCAUGGAUAAGAAAUCCUACACCAAAGCCUGGGACACAGACAAGACUUCCGUCCAUGUCAUGCCCGAUGCCAUCAACAUUGUACUGGCCAAGGAGAAUAAGAAGAACUACAGUGAGAAACUCUACAAACUGGACAAUGAACUGGCCAAGAAAAAGGGCCACCACCUUCGUGCUGAUGCUAUUUCAGUCCAGGCUGCCAAGGCCUCCACCACUAUUGCUAGCGAUUACAAAUACAAGACAGGAUACCGUAAACAGGUUGGUCACCACAUUGGUGCUCGCAGCGUCCAGGACGAUCCUCUGCUCAUGCUGGCCCUGAACUCAGCCAAGAUCGCCAGUGACGCUCUGUACAAGAAGGACUUCAACAAGUCCAAGACCAGGUUCCACCUCCCUGUUGACAUGCUGAUUCUAGAACUGGCCAAGAAAUGUCAGAUCCAGGUCAAUCAUGCCAAUUACAUCACUCGUCUGCACAACUGGACCUGCCUGCCAGACUCUAAUGACGUGGUCCUGGCCAGACGUGCUUAUGACCUGCAGAGUGAUGCUGUGUACAAGGAAGACCAGAAGUUGAUGCAGGGCAUCGGCUGGGUUCCCAUCGGUUCGCUUGAUGUGGAGAAGGCCAAAAAGGCUGCAGAGAUUCUGAGUGAGGCAAAGUACCGCCAGCAUCCGAGCAACUACAAAUUCAAACUCACCACAGAAGACAUGCCCAUGGCUCUGGCCAAGGCCAAUGCAAACAACAUGAACAAGCAAUCAUACACUAAAGCCUGGGACAAGGACAAGACCACCAUCCACAUCAUGCCUGAUGCCAUGGAUGUUGUUCUGGCCAAGGCCAACAAAGCCAACUACAGCUUGAAACUGUACAAACAGGCCAACGAAGAUGCCAAGAAGAAAGGUUACGACAUGCGCCAGGAUGCUAUUUCCAUUAAGGCCGCCAAAGCCUCCAGAGACAUUGCCAGUGACUACAAGUACAAGACAGGAUACCGUAAGCAGGUUGGUCACCACAUUGGUGCUCGCAGUGUCCAAGACGAUCCUCUGAUGGUGCUGGCUGUGAACUCAGCCAAGAUCGCCAGUGAUGCUCUGUACAAGAAGGACUUCAACAAGUCCAAGACCAAGUUCCACCUCCCUGUUGACAUGCUGAACCUUGAACUGGCCAAGAAAUGUCAGAUCCAGGUCAACGACUUCAACUACAGAACUCCCCUGCCCCAGUGGCCCUGCCUGCCGGACUCCAACGAUGUGGUCCAGGCCAGACUGGCCUAUGACCUGCAGAGUGAUGCGGUCUAUAAAUCUGACCUGAAGUGGCUCCAGGGCAUCGGCUGGGUUCCCAUUGGUUCGCUGGAUGUGGAGAAAGCCAAGAAGGCUGCAGAUGUCCUGAGUGAAAGGAAGUACCGUCAGCAUCCGAGCAACUAUAAGUUCAAACUUACCACAGAAGACAUGCCCAUGGCUCUGGCCAAGGCCAAUGCUAAUAUCAUGAACAAGAAAUCAUACACUGAAGCCUGGGACAAUGUGAAGACCAACAUCCAUGUCAUGCCUGAUGCAAUGGAUGUUCUUCUGGCCAAAGCAAACAAUGUCAACUACAGUUAUAAAAAGUACAAACAGGCAAAUGAAGAUUCCAAGAAGAAAGGCUACGACAUGCGCGAGGAUGCUAUUUCCAUUAAGGCCGCCAAAGCCUCCAGAGACAUUGCCAGUGAUUACAAGUACAAAACAGGAUACCGUAAGCAGGUUGGUCACCACAUUGGUGCUCGCAGUGUCCAGGACGAUCCUCUGAUGGUGCUGGCUGUGAACUCAGCCAAGAUUGCCAGUGAUGCUCUGUACAAGAAGGACUUCAACAAGUCCAAGACCAAGUUCCAUCUUCCUGUGGACAUGCUGAACCUCGAACUGGCCAAGAAAUGUCAGAUCCAGGUCAACGACUUCAACUACAGAACUCACCUGCACCAGUGGACCUGCCUGCCGGACUCCAACGAUGUGGUCCAGGCCAGACUGGCUUAUGACCUGCAGAGUGAUGCCGUGUACAAGGCUGACAUGAAGUGGCUCCAGGGCACCGGCUGGGUUCCCAUUGGUUCGCUGGAUGUGGAGAAAGCCAAGAAGGCUGCAGAUGUCCUGAGUGAAAGGAAGUACCGUCAGCAUCCGAGCAACUACAAGUUCAAACUUACCACAGAAGACAUGCCCAUGGCUCUGGCCAAGGCCAAUGCUCAUACCAUAAACAAGAAACUGUACACUGAAGCCUGGGACAGUGCGAAAACCAAGAUCCAUCUCAUGCCUGACGCCAUGGAUGUUGUUCUGGCCAAGGCCAACAAUGUCAACUACAGUUAUAAAAGGUACAAGCAGGCCCAUGAAGAUUCCAAGAAGAAGGGCUACGACAUGCGUCAAGAUGCUAUUUCCAUCCUUGCUGCCAAGGCUUCCAGGGACAUCGCUAGUGAUUACAAGUACAAGACAGGAUACCGGAAGCAGGUCGGUCACCACAUUGGUGCUCGCAGUGUCCAGGACGAUACUCUGAUGGUGCUGGCUGUGAACUCAGCCAAGAUCGCCAGUGACGUUCUGUACAAGAAGGAUUUCAACAAGUCCAAGACCAGGUUCCAUCUUCCUGUGGACAUGCUGAACCUUGAACUGGCCAAGAAAUGUCAGAUCCAGGUCAACGACUUCAACUACAGAACACACCUGCACAACUGGACCUGCCUGCCAGACUCCAACGAUGUGGUCCAGGCCAGACUGGCUUAUGACCUGCAGAGUGAUGCUGUGUACAAGGCUGACAUGAAGUGGCUCCAGGGCAUCGGCUGGGUUCCCAUUGGUUCGCUGGAUGUGGAGAAAGCCAAGAAGGCUGCAGAUGUCCUGAGUGAGAGAAAAUACCGUCAGCAUCCAAGCAGUGUUCCCUUCACCAGCCUGAAUGAUGCCAUGAACCUUGUACUGGCAAAGAAUAAUGCCCAGACCAUGAACAAGCGUCUCUACACUGAGGCCUGGGAGAGAGAGAAGACCAAGAUUCACAUCAUGCCUGAUACUCCUGAGAUUAUACUCUCUCUUCAGAACUCCAUCAAUGUCAGCCAGAAACUGUAUAAACAAGGUUUUGAGGCUGACAUUAGAAAGGGUUACUGGCUUCCUCCAGAUUCAGUGUCCGUCAAGGCUGCCAAGGCCUCCAGGGACAUCGUCAGUGACUACAAGUACAAGCAGGGAUACCGCAAACAAGUCGGUCACCACAUCGGCGCACGCUGCGUCCAGGACGACCCUCUCAUCAUGUUGGCCUUGAACUCAGCCAAGAUCGCCAGUGAAGUUCUGUACAAGAAGGACUUCAACCAGUCCAAGACCAAGUUCCAUCUUCCUGUGGACAUGCUGAACCUAGAACUGGCCAAGAAAUGUCAGAUCCAGGUCAACGACUUCAACUACAGAACUCACCUGCACCAGUGGACCUGCCUGCCGGACUCCAACGAUGUGGUCCAGGCCAGGAAAGCCUACAACCUUCAGAGUGAUGCUGUAUACAAAGCUGACAUGGAUGAGGUCGUAGGCGUGGGAUGGGUGCCCAUUGGGUCACUGGACGUACUGAAGGCUAAGAAUGCUGCAAAUAUCCUCAGUGAACGUCUCUACAGGGAUAAGCUGGGCAAGCACAAGUAUAAGACUGACAUGAGCUCGAUGCCCAUGGUGCUGGCCAAAACGAAUGCUGAUAUCAUCAACAAGAGAAACUACAUCGCUGCUUGGGAGAGUGACAAGCUCAAGAUUCAUGUACCUCCUGACACACCAGAGAUCCUGCUUUCCAGAGCUAAUGCAUACAACAUCAGCAAGAAAGUGUACAGGGAAGCUGUGGAGGAGAUCUUCAGAAAGGGCCACGACUACAGACAUGACGCUGUUUCUGUUAUUGCUGCCAAACAUGCAAGAGACAUAAUCAGUGACUAUAAAUACAAGACCGGCUACCGUAAGCAGGUUGGUCACCACAUCGGUGCUCGCUGUGUAGAAGAGGAUCCUCUCAUCAUGUUGGCCAUGAACUCAGUCAAGAUUGCCAGUGAUGUUCUGUACAAGAAGGACUUCAACAAGUCUAAGACCAAGUUCCACCUCCCUGUGGACAUGUUGAAUCUGGAACUGGCCAAGAAAUGUCAGAUUCAAGUCAACGACUUCAACUACAGAACUCACCUGCACAACUGGACCUGCCUGCCAGACUCCAAUGACGUGGUCCAGGCCAGAAAGGCAUAUAACCUGCAGAGUGAUGCUGUGUACAAGGCUGACAUGGAAUGGAUCAAGGGCUGUGGCUGGGUACCGAUCGGUUCAGUGGAUGUGGAGAAGGCCAAGAAAGCUGCUGAGAUCCUUAGUGAAAGGGGCUACCGUCAGCAUCCCAGUCUCUUCAAGUUCACUGCUCAGACCACUGACAUGCCAUAUGCUCUUGCUCAGGCCAAUGCCCAAGUCAUGAACAAGAGAGCUUACAUUGCUGCCUGGGAGAGUGAUAAGACCAACCUUCACAUCAUGCCUGACACGCCUGAGAUCAUGUUAUCCAAACAGAAUAAACUCAAUUACAGUCUGAAAGCUUAUCGUGAAGGUUUUGUGAACGCCAUCAACAAAGGCUACUUCCUUCCCAAAGAUGCAGUUUCUGUUGUAGCAGCCAAAGCCUCCAGAGACAUCGUCAGUGACUACAAGUACAAGGCCGGAUUCCGCAAGCAGUGUGGUCACCACAUCGGCGCCCUCAGUGUUAAGGAUGAUCCACAGAUCAUGCUGGCAGCUCACUUUGCCAAGAUCUUCAGCGACAACAUCUACAAGAAGGACUUCCAUAAGACUAAGACCAAAUACAACCUGCCAGGGGACAUGGUGGCACUAGCAAUGGCCAAGAAAUGCCAGCAGCAGGUCAACGACUUCAACUACAGAACCUACCUUCACCAGUGGACCUGCCUGCCGGACUCCACCGAUGUGGUCCAGGCCAGAAAGGUCUAUGCAUUACAGAGUGAUGCUGUUUACAAAGCAGACCUGGAAUGGCUGAAGGGCUGCGGCUGGUCACCUCAGGACUGCAUUGAUGUCCUCAAAGUGAGGAAUGCCCAGAACAUCCUCAACGAACGACUUUACCGCCAGCCCCCAAGCACUGUCAAGUUCACCAGUGUGGUGGAUCUGCCAGCCAUUGUCCUGUCCAAGCAGAACUCUGACAUUCUCAGUGAUAGGAAAUACAGGGAAGUCUGGGAUAAAGACAAGCUCAUUAUUCACCUGCCUAACGACACACCAACCUUUGAACUGUCCAAGGCUAAUUCCAUCAAUAUUAGCAAUAAACUGUACACAAAGGCUUGGGAUGAGCAGAAGGCCAGGGCUUACCAUGUAAAGCAGGAUGCUGUGUCUGUGCUGAAGGCCAAAGCUUCCAGAGAUAUCAUCAGUGAUUACAAGUACAAAGCAGGGUACCGCAGGCAGCAGGGCCACCACAUCGGUGCACGCUGCGUCCAGGACGACCCUCUCAUCAUGUUGGCCCUGAACUCAGCCAAGAUCGCCAGUGACGCUCUGUACAAGAAGGACUUCAACAAGUCCAAGACCAAGUUCAACUUGCCUGUGGACAUGCUGAACCUUGAACUGGCCAAGAAAUGUCAGAUCCAGGUCAAUGACUUCAACUACAGGACUCGUCUGCACCAGUGGACCUGCCUGCCGGACUCCAACGAUGUGGUCCAGGCCAGGAAAGCCUAUGAUCUCCAGAGUGAUGCUGUGUACAAAGCCGAUAUGGAGUGGAUACGUGGAUGUGGAUGGAUGCCACAUGAGUGUGUGGAUGUUAUGAAGGUGAAGCAUGCCCAGAAGAUCCUGGCCGAAAGAGGCUACCGUGUGAAGUUGGACAAACAGGAAUACACAGUCCCCACAGACAGAGUGGACUUGGUCUGCGCCAAGAACGCCGCUCAGGUCCUUAACGAGGCCAAAUAUCGUGAGGCCUGGAACCAGGACAAGACUAAGUACUCACUGGUGGACACUCCACUGAUGGCAACAGCCAGAGAGGUGGCCAAGAAUAUUCAUCCCCAUCUUUAUACUCAAGCAUGGGACAACGUCAAAGCCACAGGAUACUACAUGCCUGGAGACGCUGUUCCCAUCAAGAACUGCAUCUCUAUGUCUAAAGUGCAGAGUCAGCACAAGUACCUGGAGUCGUACCGCAAGCAGCAGGGUCAUCACAUCGGUGCCCGCUGUGUGGAAGAGGAUCCUCUCAUCAUGUUGGCCAUGAACUCAGUCAAGAUUGCCAGUGACGUUCUGUACAAGAAGGACUUCAACAAGUCCAAGACCAAGUACCACCUGCCCGCAGACAUGCUGACCCUGGAACUGGCCAAGAAAUGUCAGAACCAAGUCAACGACUUCAACUACAGAACUCGUCUGCACCAAUGGACCUGCCUGCCAGACUCCAACGAUGUGGUCCAGGCCAGAAAGAUCUACGAUCUUCAGAGUGAUAAUGUGUACAAAGCUGACCUGGAAUGGAUCCGUGGCUGUGGCUGGGUGGCCGCUGACUCAGUUGAACAUAACAAAGUCAAGAAGGCCCAGGAGAUUCUCAACGACAGACUGUACAAGCAAGGUGCCAAAGAUGCCCACAGUAAUUUCACCCUCAUUGUGGACAGACCUGAGAUUAUUCUGGCAAAGAUCAAUGCUGCCAACCUCAGCGACUUGAAGUACAAGGAAACCUUCAACGCAGAGAAGGGACAUUACAUCGGUUCGGAGGACACUCCUCAGCUGGCUCACAGCAGGGAAGCAGCAAAGAUCCUCAGCCUGAAACUCUACAAGGACACCUGGGACAAGUCAAAGGCCACAGGCUACAGUCUGGACCACGAGUACAUCCCACUCCUCAGUAGCAAGAAGGGCAGGGAUAUCGCCAGCGACGUCAAGUACAAGGACACUCAUGAGAAGGCCAAAGGUCACUACAUGGCUGAAACCCUGGUUGACUUCCCUGAGGUUGUUCGCUGUGGACAACAGGAGAAGAACAAGGGACUGAGGCUCUACCACAAGGAUUACCACGGCAACAAGACCAAGAUCCACAUCCCAUCUGAUGUCAUUGCCAACCAAGUGGCCAAGAGGUGUCAGGACAUGUUGAGCGACGUCCUCUACCGCACCUACCUGCACCAGUGGACAUGUCCUCCUGAGCAGCAGGAGGCAAUCCGUGCCCGCAAGAACAAUGAGAUCCUCAGUGAUGUGUUCUACAAGGAGGACAUGAACUGGAUUAAGGGAAUUGGUUGCUACGCGUGGGACACACCAGAGAUUAUUCGUGCCAAGAAGUCCUACGACAUGCAGAGUGAUCGCAAAUACAGAGAAGAGGCCAAGAAGGAGUUCAACAAUUACUCCAUUGUGACGGACACGCCAGUGUAUGUGACUGCUAUUCUGGGUAGCACCUGGGCCAGCGAGCUCAACUACAGGGAGGCUUACCACAAGGAGAAGCACCUGUACACCACGGUUCUGGACACCUACGACUACGCCAGAUGCCACAACUUUAAAGAAUUCUUCAGCAACAAAAAUUACACUUCUGCCUGGGACAAAAUCAAAGCCACUAGCUACCAGAUUCCACCUGACUCCAAUGCCCUGCAACACGCCAAACAGCAGAAAGUCAUCCUGAGCAGUGUGAAGUACAAGGAGGACUAUGAGAAGUACAAGACCCUCUACAGUUUGCCCAAGUCCCUGCAGGAUGAUCCUGCAACAGCUCGCUGCGUUAGAGUUGGAAAGCUGGUCUUGGACCGUCUGUACAAAGAGAACUACGAAAAGACCAAGGCCAAGAACCACAUCCCACCAGACAUGCUGGAGAUCUUAGCUGCCGGCAAGACCCAGUCCAUCGUCAGUGGCAUCCACUACAGGAAGUAUCUGCACCAGUGGCUGUGCGUCCCUGACAUUCCGGUGUAUGCGCACGCUCGUAAGGUCAACGAGCAGCUCAGUGAUGUCUUCUACAAAGACGAUCUGAACUGGCUGAGAGGAAUCGGCUGCUAUGCCUGGGACACGCCCGAGAUUCUCCGUGUGAAACAGGCUGGUGAAAUUCGUAGCGAGUCCAAGUACAGAGCCAAGGGUAUUCAAGACUUGCAGAACUUCACAGUGGUGACUGACACGCCAGUGUACGAGACGGCCAAGCAGAGCGCCGUUAAUCUGAGUGAUCUCAAUUACCGCUACGACUACCACGCCAACGUCAAGGGCACAAACACUUCUCCUGCAGUCACUGUUGAAUCACAGAGAGCUCGUCUGGCCAAUGAGAUCCAGAGUGAUAUUUUGUACAAGGAGGCCAAUAAGAACUUCAUGCCAACCGGCUUCUCCCUGCCUCACGACACUCCGCUCAUCAAGCAGGUUAAACUGAACAGUUUAAAUACCAGCGAUGUUAAAUACAAGGAAGCCUAUGAGAUGACCAAGGCUAAGGCCUACACUAUUCACCCAGAGGGAGUCAACUUUGUCGGAGCCAGGAAAGCUCACAAGAUCGUCAACGACCGUCUGUAUCGUGAGCUGUACCACAAGAACAAGGACAAGAUCCACACAACCUACGAAACCCCAGAUAUCAAACAAGUCAAGAACAACCAGAUGCACCUCAGCGACCUGUGGUACAAGGAGAAGUACAACAACAGCAAAGGUCAGCUGAUCUCCCUCCCCAUCACACCUCAGCUGAUCCACUGCUCACACGUCAACGAGAUCACCAGUGAGCUCAAAUAUAAAGAAGAUCUACAGUGGCUGAGAGGCGUCGGCUGCUUCCUGUACAACACGCCAGAGAUGGUCCGCCUCCGCAACAUCACCCAGUUCAACGAGAACUAUCCAAUUGAUGCCAAGAAGAAUCUGAGCAAAUUCUCCGUGGUCCUAGACACGCCAGAGUACAAACGUGUGACCGAGCUGAAGACCCAUAUGAGCUCUAUGAUCUACAAAGCCCAGAGCAAAGAGGAAAUGGGCAAGGUCAGCACUCCAGGGGACGCUGUUGAGUUUAAGAGAGCCAAGUGGGCCCAGAAGCUGACCAACAAGUACCUGUACACAGACCUGGCUGCUAAGGAGAGAGCUCACUUCACUCAGGAAAUCGAGACUCCUCACAUGCGCCAUGCCAGAAAGAUUAAAGUGGUCUACAGUGAUAACAAAUACAAAGAACAGUAUGAGAAGAUGAAGCACAGAUACACGGCCAUUGCCGACACCCCGCUGCUGAUCAGAGCCAAGAAAUCCUACCUCCAGUCCAGUGAUCUGCGCUACAAGGAGACCUUCCAGCUCUCCAGGGGUCACUACCGUACAGUCAAGGAUGCUCUGGACAUCGUCUACCACCGCAGAGUCACCGACGAUAUCAGCGAGGUUAAAUACAGGGAGAAGUACAUCAGCACCCUGGGAACAUGGAAGUCCAUCCCAGAUCGUCCUGAGUUCUUUUUCAACAGAAUUGUCAAUGACAAUGUCAGCAACAACAAGUACAAGGAGGACUUGGAAUGGCUGAAAGGAAUCGGCUGCUACGUGUGGGAUACACCAGAUCUUCAGCUAGCUGACAAGAACAAGUCACUGUACAGCCAGAGAGAAUACAAAGCGUCCUUUGAGAAGAACAGAGGAAACUUCAAAUACACCAGCGACACUCCAUUCUUCAACACGGCCAAGUUCGCCUCCACCCUCAUUAAUGAUAGGUCCUACAGAGCUAACUAUGAGAAGACUAAGGAUAAGUACACAGUAACCACUGAGGAUCCUAGGUAUCAGCUGGCCAGAGAGAACAGGAAGAUUCAGAGCCAGUGGAGGUACAGGGAGCAGUAUGAACGAGCCAAGGACAAGUUCACCUCCAUCCUGGAGACACCAGAGUACGAGGCUCACAGACGCAGCAAGAAGAUCGGUGAUAUCAUCUACAGGAUGGAGUACAACAAGACCAAGGCCAAGGGCUACACCCUGCCUUAUGACACUCCACACCAGCUGCACAUGAAGAAGGUCAAGGAGAUCACCAGCAACCUGAAGUACAAAGAGGUUUACGAGAAGAGCAAAGCUCAGAUCAACAUGGACCCAGAGGCUCAUUCGAUCCGUGCCGCCAAGGAGGCUUAUAGGAACAUCACCAACCUCGACUACAAGAAGAAGUACGAAGCCACUAAGGCCAAGUGGAACUGGACGACGGACAGACCAGAUUUUCUCAAUGCUGCUAAGAACUCCAUGCAGCAGAGUGAUGUUGAGUACAAGUAUGACAAGGAGAUGCUGAAGGGCUGUGUUAUCCCUGUGACCGACGACAAACUUAUGCUCCUUCGUUUGCAAAAUUCUGAGAUGGCCAGCGAGGUGAAAUACAAAUUGAAGUAUGAAAAGGCCAAGGGUCACUAUCUGCCUGUCAUGGACACUCCUCAAAUCCUUCAUGCCAAGUCUGUGAAACUGCUGUCAUCAGAGACCAAAUACAAAGAGGCCAGUAAGAAGGAAAGGCAGUCCGGCGAUUUCACCACCAUGUCAGAGACUCGGGACACAGCCCACAGCAAGAACGUCAACAAGCUUGUCAGCAAGACGCUGUACAAAGCCAAGUUUGAGAAGGAAAAGGGUAAGUCGGAGUACAACAACAUGACUGUUCCACCUGAUGUUCAACACGCCAUUGAUGUGGCCAAAUGCCAGAGCAGCUUGCAGUAUAAGAAGAACGCCAAGGCCAACCUGAGCUACACCACUGUGGUGGAUCGUCCCGACAUCAGGAAGGCCACCCAGGCUGCCAAACUAAUCAGUGGGAUUGGAUACCGCGAUAAAGCCCGUGAGGAGGCGAGCCGCGGUGGUUCUCUGACCUACCGCCCUGACAUUACUCUGGCCACUGAAGUGUCCAAGCUGACCAGUCAGGUGGAGGCCAGGCCCUCCCUCCAUGGAGCUGCUUCCAUUGACACGCCGCAGAUGCGCCACAUUAAGAAAAUGAGUGCCUUGACUAGUGAUAUUAAGUAUAAGGAGAAGUUUGACAAGGAGGUAAAAGGAAAGAAGCCGCAGUUUGACCUGAAGGACACCAAGAUUUACAAGAUUAUGAAGGACGCCAACGUGUUAGCAAGUGAAGUGAAAUACAAGGGCGAUCUGAAGAAGAUCCACAAACCUGUGACCGACAUGGCUGAGUCUCUGUCCAUGCAGCACAGCCUGAGCACCAGCAAGCUGGCCAGCAGCGUGAAAUAUAAGGAGAAGUAUGAGAAGGAGAAGGGAAAAGCCAUGAUGGACUUUGAGACCCCCACGUACUUGACGGCCAAGGAGGCCCAGCACAUGCAGAGCCAGAAAGACUAUAAGAAGGACUAUGAGGAGAACAUGAGGGGCAAGAACCUCUCAGGCUUGGAGGUCACCCCUGCUAUGUUACAUGUCAGACAUGCUACCAAAAUAGCCAGUGAGAAAGUGUACAGGAGGGAUCUAGAAGAGGGGGUGAAGGGUAAAGGGCUAACUGUACUGGAGGAAACUCCGGAACUUAUGAGAGCAAAGAAUGCCACUCAAAUCCUGUGUGAGAGAGAGUACAAGAAGUCACUGGAGCAGGAGAUCAAGGGCAAGGGAAUGAUGGCUUUGGCUACAGACACACCAGACUUCCAAAGGGCCAGGAACGCCACUGACAUCCUCAGUCAGACAAAGUAUAAGCAUAUCGCUGAAAUGGACCGAGCCAAUUACACCACCGUCAUCGACACCCCUGACAUCAUCCACGCUCAGCAGAUGAAGAACAUGGUCAGCCAGAAAAAAUACAGGGAGGAUGCAGAGAAGACCAUGUCUCACUAUGUUCCAGUUCUGGACACUCCUGAGAUGCAGAGAGUCCGUGAGAACCAGAAGAACUUCAGCACCCUUCAGUACCAGCUUGACCAUAAAAACAUAAAGGGAAAAGUGUCUUCUGUAGCCGACACUCCCGAAUUGCAGCGCGUUAAAGAGAAUACAAAGAAUUUCAGCUUGAUUCAAUACAAAGAGGAUUUGGGAGGCGGAACAGCUCUGCCUGAGACACCUGAGAUGGAGCGAGUUAGACGCAACCAGCGCAACAUUAGCACGAAUCAGUACAAGGAGUCUGUUGGUCAGGGCACAGCCAUACCAGAUCUGCCCGAGAUGAAGCGGGUCAAAGAAACCCAGAGGAAUAUCAGCUCGAAUCAGUACAAGGAGUCUGUUGGUCAGGGCACAGCCAUACCAGAUCUGCCCGAGAUGAAGCGGGUCAAAGAAACCCAGAGGAAUAUCAGCUCGAAUCAGUACAAGGAGUCUGUUGGUCAGGGCACAGCCAUACCAGAUCUGCCCGAGAUGAAGCGGGUCAAAGAAACCCAGAGGAAUAUCAGCUCGCUUCAGUACAAAGAAGGAGUGGGACGAGGCACGUCAGUAUCAGAGACGCCCGAGAUGGAGAGAGUUAAACGCAAUCAGCAGAACAUUAGCACGAUAAAAUACAAGGAUUCUAUGGGUCGAGCCACAGCCAUAUCGGACCUGCCUGAAGUGAAACGGGUCAAACAAACCCAGAAGAACAUCAGCUCGGUUUUGUAUAAAGACAGUUCCAUCAAGGGAACUCCUGUGGUGUUCACUCCAGAGAUGGAGCGAGUCAAACGGAACCAAGAAAACAUUAGCUCGGUGCUGUACUCCGACAGCUUCCGUAAGCAGGUUCAGGGCAAGGCAGCCUUCGUCCUGGACACGCCUGAAAUGAGACGUGUCAGGGAGACCCAGCGCAUCAUCUCUGGAGUGAGGUAUCAUGAGGACUUUGAGAAAUCCAAGGGCAGCUUCACUGCCACCACCUCUGACCUUGUGACUGACCGUGUGAAGAAAAACAUGCAGGACUUCAGUGACAUUAACUACCGUGGCAUCCAGAGACGUGUGGUGGAGAUGGAGAGGAGACGCGCAAUAGAGCACGACCACGAGACCAUUACUGAUCUGCGCGUGUGGCGCACAAACCCAGGCUCUGUCUUUGAUUAUGACCCUGCUGAAGACAACAUCCAAUCCAGGAGUCUGCAUAUGAUGUCAGUUCAAGCCCAGCGUCGCAGCAAGGAGCACUCACGCUCCACCAGCGCUCUGAGCGGAGUGGCUGAUGAGAAAUCUGAGGUGUCCCAGGAUGUGGACCACCACAUGUCCCUCUACAGCAACGGUUUCAUGACUACAUCCUUAGGCUACCAACAGGCUAAGACUGUGGAGCUGCAGCAGAGGUCAUCAUCUGUGGCCACUCAGCAGACCACUGUGUCCUCUAUCCCCUCACACCCAUCCACCACGGGAAAAACCGUACGUGCCAUGUACGACUACGCCGCUGCCGACAACGACGAGGUUUCCUUCAAGGACGGUGACGUCAUCGUCAACGUGCAGUCCAUCGAUGAGGGCUGGAUGUACGGCACUGUGCAGCGCACCGGCAAGACCGGCAUGCUGCCGGCCAACUACAUUGAAGCCGUUUAAAAAGUUCAAUUCAGAGUCUGCCCGCUGGCCGUCAGCAGAGGUGGACGUCAAGCAUCCACAUGUCAAAACCAACGGGUCACAGUGUGGUCGCAACCACAGCUUUGUGCAACGUGUAGCUCGUGUGUAGGCUCUCCUAGAUUACUAGUAUUUAAAAGUGCUUGUUUUUUUUUUGUUUUUUUCUUCUUUCGUUUGUAAACCUCGUUUAACUCAUAAGCCGCUGCUGCCCCCUGUUGACUGUGGAUGUGACAUAUUUUCAUACAUACACAUAUCCGAUUAUACAGAAUCACACGCCACGUGUGACGUUAAAUGCUCUAAGACACACUCACAUAGAUCCUGACCUAUUAUUUUGUAAAUGUCAAAAAAAGAAAAAAAAGAUUUAAUAUAUAUAUAUAAAACAUACACGAGAGAGAAGGACAGAAAGAUAGAGCUGUAGCAGCUCUGACUCUGCCGUGAAGGAUUAGAAUAUGGAAAUGUAAUGAAGGGGUGAAGCUAACAUCUACCUCCUCCGCAAUGAAAGCACUCCUGGAGUUGUUUGAGACGAACCUCAGUCUUCCCUCCUCUCCCACUGAAGGCUGGCCAAUCAUAGAAACCUGUGUGUUUUGUUUCCUCCGAUGAUUUAGGUCCUGGGUUUACCCACGUCCUCUACCUUUAAUCAGUAGCUAAUAAAGCACACUAAGCUCCUGCAAA